CAAAGGCGAGCGGUAAAAUGAGAAAGACCAAUAGUCGAUCGAACAUAAAAAAGGUAAACAAGGAGGAAUCAUCUCCACAACGCCACCUCACAUAUUUUACGUUUUGGCGUUUUCAUUAGAAAUCAGACAUGCCCCGUUCAUACUCUCGGUCGCCGUCUCGCUCGCGGAAGCAUUCCUCCCGUCGGCGAUCCCGGUCAAAAUCCCGCGAAAGGGAUAGGGAUAAGUAUUCGAGCCGCAGCGAUAAGGAUAGGUACCACCGCCGGAACGAUGACCGCUCCUCAAAAUCCCGUUCGACAACAACGUCCGUAGCGACGUCGUCCUCUUCCAGGAGUGGAAGUCACCAACAUUCCCAUCGGCACAGCCACCGAGAUCACCACCAUCACAAAAAAUCGUCCAGCAGCGGAGACUACCGGAGACGAAGUCGUUCCAAUGAACGGGACCGCGAUCGACGGGAACGACCACGGAAACGGUCUGCCUCAAGGGAGAAGUACGUCAAGAAGCGGCCGAGCUCCAGCAGUUCGUCCAGUAGUAGCAGUAGCAGCAGUGGAAGCAGUUCCGGUAGCUCCAGUUCGAGUAGCUCAAGCUCUUCCGGCUCGAAAAAAGCGGGGACGGAACAAACGAAACCACAGAAGGAAUUCGUGUUCAAAUCGAUGGAGGAGAAACUGGAACCGCAACCGGAUAGCAAGGCGGAUGUGCUGGAGAAAUUGAAUGCCGACGAGUUCGUUCCGCAGGCGUUUGUUUCGACAAAGAAACCGGCCACUAAUCAGACCGGGGGAAACAUCGUCAUAGAUUUGGCCUCCCAAACCAUUAAGGUUCCCAAAGCGGAGGAGGAACAAGCCGAAGAUCCGCUGUUCCAUCCGAAUUUCUUUGGAAACGAUGACGAACGCAUGACGCGAUGGAUUCGGAAGCUAAUGUUCAUGAGACAAAAUGCAUAAUCUCGACUAAGAUAUAAAUUAUAAUAAAUUUGCUUGAAUGGCCUACCCUCCGGUGGCAAACUACAGUUAA